AUGAGCGAUGCGUUUACUUCAUGGGCAAAUACGACAACUGAAGGCGUGACGACGGUGCCUGCCGAAGUGAGCCCCCAGGACGGUUAUGUGUUACUUCUUGUGCUUCUUUCUAUCUUUAUCGGGGGCACCUUGGUGCUGCUGUUUGGCAUCCUGAUCGUCUGCCGGCGCUGCUGUGAAACGGACCAAAGGCGCUCCAGAGCCAGCGAUGACCCAGAAAAAACGAACACAACCUAUCUGGAUGACUCACAGCCGGCACAAGACAUCACCAUCAAAGUGGAUGACCCGGAAUGCACGUCUAGUUCCAGUUAUCGAGAUGCAGAGAGUGAGCGAUUUCUGUCUUCCGGCAGCGCCACGGGGCGAAGGGUGUCUUUCAACGAAGCUGCCCUUUUUGAGCAGAGCAAGAAAACACAGGAGAAGGGAAGGAGGUACACUCUGACUGAGGGUGAUUUCCACCAUUUGAAGAACGCCCGUCUCAGCCACCUUCCCCUGCCACCCUCGGCUGCCCUUAAAAUCGUCACCAUCCACGAGUGCGAAGCCAACGAGAACAGCAUCAUGAUGACUCCGCGCCUCCCACCUGUCAAGCCGAGCCUUGCCAUCUUCCAACCAACUGGAAGCCCCCUGCCAAAGACAGCGCUGACCAGCCAUGGGGGUCUGUGUUCGAGUUCAACACUCCCAGGGGACACGUUUAACUCCAGCGUUGAAGCCUCUUCCUCCGUUUCCUCUGACUCAGGCGAGGGAGUUGCGAGCAAUGGGGCAGCUUGCAAACCGAAAUCUGCCAAGGCUGCCAAAGGGGUCCCCAUGGCCCCUCCGCAAGAGCCCCCCUCAGCCCCUGCCCAGGGCACCGUCCUUCAUUUCCUGACCCGCCUGCGCCGUCACGCUAGCCUGGAAGGAGCGAGUCCCUAUUUCAGAAUCAAGAAGUGGAAGCUGGAAACCAGCCAGCGGGCAUCCAGUCUAGACAUGAGAGGGUCCCCCAAGCGUCACCAGUUCCAGCGACAGCGAGCCGCAAGCGAAAGCAUGGACCAAGAUCGCGAUCCUCACCAGACGGACAUUAUCCAGUAUAUUGCCCGGACGGACGAUGUGGUUUUCCGGCCCGUGGCUGGACCGUUCUUGCCUGCUCCGGCCAGUCCAACAUUAUCUCUCGGCAGGUUAGAGUCUUCCGAACCGCCCAGUCCCACCCCACCCGAGCCAUUGGAACAGCAGCCCACCCCCCUUUAUCAUGACAUCUGGAGCCUACGGGCAUCGCUAGAAAAGUGUGUUUCAUCGGAGAAGGGCAACAACCAGGACUCAGCCCCUAGCGAUGGUGGGGACAGCAUUUCCUCGAGCAGUGGACUGCCAAGUUUCUCCUCUUCCUUGGCCGAUGAGGCUGAAGUGGGAGAGGACAGGUCCUUGGCAAAACCCAAGCUGGAUAGCGUUGAGUUGGAAGCGGGGACCCGUAAACUCUUGCAGAUGGAUAGCGGCUAUGCCUCCAUUGAAGCCCCCAGUGGCCGAGUAGGAGAAGACCAGACGGCCUCGGAAAAACGCUUCUCCUUCACCAGCGCUGGACGCAAGGCCACCAUCUUUGAGAGCUUUGAGGGACAGGAGCCAGAAGCAGAGAAGGAGGAAGAGGAGGAGGAGGAGGAAGAGGAGGAAGCAGCUGGCGCUGUUGGAGGCGUCCUCCCUUCCAGUCCAUUGCUCUGGGCACCCUAUGGGCAGAUGUUCCCCGCACGAGAAUCCUUCCCUCGCCGGGACUACAGCAUCGACGAAAAAACAGACGCUCUCUUCAACGCCUUUGUCCGCCACGACCCCCAAUUUGAUGAGUCCCCCCUGCGGGCCAAACACCGCUCCCGGACCCAUUUGAGGAAGCAAUGGCAGCGUACCAAGCAGUACAGCGACCCGGGCGUCCGCUACCCCACAGCUCUGGAACGGCACCGGACCCCCCUGCGUCGGGGCGACAGCGUCAACUACCCCCUGGAAGGGCGCUACCACAGCACCCUGCCCCGCAUUGUCAGCUCCGGGGACGAGGAGGUGGCCUCGCCCGCCGCGGAAACGGGGGAGAAGAUCCAGGUGAUUGAGGAAGAACCGCCGGAGGAGGCCAAAACGGGACCUGACCCGUACAGCAGGGAUUGCCUCGAAAGUGGUCAGUGUCCGGGGCUGGGCACAGACCUUCUGGACAAGAUCGCGGGUGGGCUGGAGGACCUGUUUUUCACACCCUUGAAAAAACCACGAGAGAGUCUAGAGUGUGUGGUGAUGGUGGCCACCCGGGCUUCCCCUGAGCACAGCCCCGAAUAGUGGCAAGGAGAAGCACCGGGAUGACCCUUUCUCUGUCUCGCCCCAGGGCUGGGGGGGGGUAGCGCCACGCAGGGCCUGCCAACCAGCCAGCCAGCCGGGAUGCAGGGUGCUCCAGGGGCCCGAGGGCGCGGAGCAAGAUCGAGGAACGCCCUCCUGCUCUGCCAGCCUUCCGCUGUGUA